AUGAACAUCCACGGAGAACGUUUCGACUUGAUGAAGCCUGGGAAGGUCGUGCCGGUGCAGAUCCCGCGUGGAAGCUCUGCCGACGACUCGCUUCUGACCGUCGAGGCAGACGCGCGCCAGCUUGGUGGUUCCUGCGCGGACAUGUAUUUCCAGAUGCUCAACAUCACAGGGGCUUGGGCGGACAAGGUGCGUGCCGGCGGGAUCACCUUCACCACCAGGGAGGCGCGCGAGGGGACGUUCCAGAUAUCGAGCUGGACGAAGUUUGGCCCACUGGAACUAAAAGUCGCGCACGGCCACACGCACGAGGGCAUCAAGCACUUGAAUUUCUACGUCAAGCACUUGGGACUUGCCGGCGCCGUUGUCGGAGGAUUAUUUGGAGAAGAUGAUCACGUCGACGCGGCUACGCCAGGGGAGGGUUGCAAGAAGACAAUGGCGCUGUCGAAAGGCUCCUCAUCGGAUGCGAUCGCCUCCGAGGCGAUCGGUCUCAUGUAG